UUUUCAACGAUUGUUUUUGGGGGAGGGAGUGACUUCGUUCGUGACCACCGAAGAGCCAGUCACUUUAGGGUGAAAGGGCGUAUAUAAAGGAACGAACGAAACGGAUUGUUGUUCAAACAUCAGUUCGAUCUGGUAAUCAUCCAACAUGGCUCCGGCAAAGUUUGCCCUAGUUCUGGCCGUGUUGUUGUCUGCUGCUCUCGGCCAGUUGUUCAAUCAAGACGUGAUGGAAUCGAAACAUCGUGCAGUUGGUUACCGCCUACCACCGCCCAUGUACGUCAGACAGCUAGGUCCUAAUUACAAUAUUCAUCACGCUCAGCAUCUCCCUUCCAAUCCGAUUCCCUAUACUUUACAUCGACCACCUGGUCCUGUGCAUCACGUUAGACCGGUUCACGUAGUUCCACACGUCCAUCAUCUCCCUGCCUAUCAAAUUCCGUAUCCAGCACCAAGACAGACAUCAAAUUAUGCUGUUCCAGUGCCCCCCACAAGGACCUAUCCAGUUCAAUUAGCUUCCAGACCCUACGUGACACCUACUACCCCCAGGCCUGCCUUUCCUUCACCUGUUCAUCCUCCCUAGAUCACCACAUUCCCAUCCUAAUUACGUGAAACCCCAACAUGCUGCAGUAGCUCCUUACCCACCUGUGAGGCCAGUUCCAACGAGAGCUCCUUUCUAUCCAUCAGCUCCUUCACCUCCUACACCAAAACCUGCUCCUCCAGUGGGUUUGAGCUUGCUGGAUCUUCCUUGGGUGAAACCACUUUAUGCUCGAAAUCAGGUGCCACCUAAACCAUAUUAUUAUGGAAAUCCAUCCACUUGGCACCUACAGACAAAAGAAAUGAAACCAGCGCCCGUAGUCAUCAAACAGGAAGACACUGGUGUCAGCAUAUCGAGCGUUGGAUCUCCGCUCCCGAAAACCGUGACCAAUGCACUUCCAUCUGCAGUUGCGAAUGAUGACAUUGAAGUACGGGAAAUUCCACGGGAAGCUACUGCGUUCAACGUUGCAGCACCUGUGUCUGUAGCAACAACAAUCCAAAGGCCAAUCAAUGUGGUAAUCUCCGAUGAUUCGGGUGAGGAUAUCCGAGUAAUUCAGGUAGUUAGUACACCUGCACCUAUGCGUACGACUCCUCCAGCAAUGAUCCAGCAAAUUCCAGCAUCUGAUCUUCGUGUAUCUCUUGCGAUGACCACAGCGAGACCAGCGACUCCAGUGGUAGUGUUGGAUAACUCGGAUGAAGAUGUUCGUUUCAUCCAGCAGGAACUUCCUGUGCCAGCCACUGCCUCCGUGUCAGCACCAGCUGCUGUUCCAUUGUCGAUUGUAGAUGACUCUGGAGAAGACAUCAGGAUCGUUCAACAAGUCCAGGUGGGUAAUGUCCCUGUAACUAGCCCAAGGACACCAACAACAACAGCAAAUUCACUUGGAACCAACAUGGCUGAAGGUCUCGGGUUACGCGACGUCCCCCAGGAAAUGAGUUUGUCCCCUUUGUCUGUGACAUCUUCGGUAGUCAGUGCACCGCAAGUGCAGACCAUUUCCCUGGUCGUUUCAGACGAGUCUGGUGAAGACAUUCUCCGGCAGGUUCCAGUAUCUAACGGCCCAGUUGUUGGACCUCGAUUAACGACAACAUUGAACCCUGAGGCUUCAGUCGUGGUGGUGGAUAGCUCGGAUGAAGAUGUGGGCUUAGGAAGACUCUCCCAGCAAGGAAGCGGUCCAGUUUUUUCUACGCUGAAUGCUGGAACAAUGACGACACAGUCACCACGAAUCUCCGUUUCCAUUUCGGAUAACUCGAACGAAGAACUCACGAUCGUUCAACGAGUUCCAAUAUCUAAUGUUGCUGUACCUACAUCAAGAUCAGCAAUGACUGGAACAUCCUCCUCGUUUACAGUAGUGGAUACCUCUGAUGAAGAUAUCGUGUUACGGAACGUACCCCAAGAAGUUAACCGGCCGCUAUCGUCUGCAACGAGGCCAGUUGUCCCACUGAACGUUUUUGACGACUCGGUUGAAGAUCUCCGGAUCGUACAGCAAGUUCCAGUGCCGAAUGUUUCAGUAACUCCACCAUCGACAAUGACGAGGCCAAGCGCUUCAUUCGUGAUAUUGGACAGAUCGGAUGAAGAUGUCGGUUUAGAAAGAAUCCGCCAGCCAACUAGCGGACCCUUUUCUUCUGUGACAAAUCCUGGAACAUUGACACAACAGCCAGCAUUUACAUCCGUUUCCAUUUCGGACAACUCGGAAGAAGACCUAAGGAUCGUUCAAAGAGUUCCAGUAUCCAGUGUGUCAGUAUCUAGAGGUCCAGUUCCAGUACGUACAUCUCGACCAACAAUGACUGGAACAUCCUCGUUCACAGUAGUGGAUACCUCUGAUGAAGAGAUCGUUUUACGGAACGUACCCCAACAAGUUAAUCGCCCACUUUCAUCUGCAUCAAACCAAGUUGUUCCAGCAGCCACCGUUUUUGACGACUCAAUUGAAGAUCUCCGGAUCGUUCAACAAGUUCCAGUAUCCAAUGUGUCAGUAUCUAGAAGUCCAGCAUCUAAUGUUCCAGUACCUUCAUCUCGAUCAACAGCGACUGGAACGUCCACGUUCACAGUUGUAGUGGAUACCUCUGAUGAAGACGUCGUCCUACGGAACAUACCUCAGGAAGUUAACCGGCCACUUUUGUCUGGCUCAAGGCAAGUUGUUCCAGCGACCGUUUUUGACGACUCAGUUGAAGAUCUCCGGAUCGUACAACAAGUUCCAGUGUCGAGUAUUCCAAUUACCCCACCAUCGACAACGACGAGACCAGUUACUUCAUUCGUGGUAUUGGACAGAUCUGAAGAAGAUGUCCUGUUGCGAGACAUCCCACAACAAACAAUUUCACUCUCAUCCGGAUCAGCUUCCGUUCCAACAACUCAAACACGGAAUCGUCCACUUGUCUUCUUAGAUAAUUCGGCGGAAGAUGUGCAAAUCGUUCGCCAAGGUUCCAUAUCCAACGCGAGCACAUCUUCGCUUCAAGCAGUGUUAUCCAACAUACAAGGAAAUUCGCUUGAAGUUCCAGACAAUUCCAACGAAGAUUUCGAAUUGCGGCUGAUUUCUCAACCAGUAUCUGUACCUACGCUUUCUUCACCUGGAACUCCACAGUCCACGACAACUCCUAGAUUUCUCCUAGUUGAUUCCGAUGAAGAUGUUCAGAUCGUCCAGCAAAUCAUCCUAUCCAAUAAUUCUUCAUCCGUUGCGGAAACCCCUCGAAUUGUCUUGCGAGAUUCAGCUGAGGACUUCCAAACGAAUCGAAGAGUUCCACAGCCAACUGUUUCGUUAUCUGGGUCUGCACAAUCUGCUGGAAUAGCUCCUCUUUUACGUUUAGUUGAUUCAGCAGAAGAUAUCCAAGUUACACGAGAAGUUUCGCUAUCUAGUGUACCGCUGUCCUCACCAGUACCUGCAGCUGGACAAACUCAGCCGUCUUUCUUAGUGGAUUCAGCGGAAGACAUUCAGAUCGUCCAGCAAAUUGCUCUGUCUAACACUUCUUCAUCUGGAACGGUUGCGGAAACCCCUCGAAUUUUCUUACGAGAUUCAGCUGAAGACUUCCAAAUCGAUCGGAGGAUUCCGCAGCCAACAGUUUCGUUAUCAGGGCCAACACAAUCUGCUGGAACAGCACCUCUUGUGCGCUUGGUUGACUCGGAUGAAGAUGUCCAGGUUGCACGAGAAGUUCCUCUGUCUACUGUAGUGUUAUCCGCACCAGUGUCAUCAACUGGACAAACUCCGUUUUCAUUCCUAGUUGAUUCGGAGGAAGACACUCGAAUUGUCCAGGGUAAUCCCUUGUCUAACUUCUCAUUAUCAGGGCCAACAUCAACAGGUGCUGGACCUGUUGUUCUAUUAGUCGAUUCGGCCGAAGACGCGCAGCAAUUUCUACGUUCCAACGUUUCGCUGUCGUCGACAACAAACUCGCGGGUGGUCUUAGUCGAAUCAGCUGAAGAUAUCGAAUCGCCAGUUUCACCUCUUUUGCAAGCUGCGAAUCGAGUACAAAUUCAAGAAAGAGACCUGGAUGACGAUCGAAGUGAUGAAGACAUUGAAACGAGAGUAACAAUUUCAGGGGGAUCUAUUGUCCUGGUCAAUCCAACUUCUGUAUAAUGGAACUGGAACCAACCAUGACGAACAGUAAGAUAUUAUUGAUUGCUGAUAAAUUAUAUUUUAACAUUUAGAUCUUUUUUUUCGAUUUAUUUAUUUGUAAUUGAUCAUCCGUUAUUUAGCCCAGUUUGACGGUUUUGCUCAAAAAUAACCGAAUAUUACAGUUUCAUUUUCAAUCAGUGAAAUCUUAUAUACAUUUUAUUUUUAUGUUCCAAUACUUAACCCGACUGUAGAAUUGUUCUUCAUUGUGUUUUUGUUCGUGAACGAAUGGCUGCCAUUCACUCUUUGGAUUUCUUAGAAAGCUAUAGAAAUACACAGUUUACGAACCAC